AUGAAAAACUAUCUGCGGAAAACAACUUCGAGCCAUCCCCUCCGUACAAGGUUGUCACGUUUUCUUCUAUCGUACCGGAACACCCGGCACCCGACAACAAGAGAGUCUCCGGCCCAGUUGAUGCUACAGCGGCAUCUUCGCACCAGACUGGACCUCCUGAAACCAUCAGUUGCAGACUGUGUGGCCAGCGCACACUACCGCCAACAGCGGCAACACCCAGGACAAGAGCGGGCUUUCACUGCAGGAGACCAAGUCUAUGCCAGAGAUUAUCGAAGUGGUCACAAGUGGCAGCUAGGAACAGUCGCUGCCCAAACUGGUCCAGUGUCUUUCCAAGUGCAAGUCUCCCCGGGACGGGUAUGGCGAAGGCAUCAGGACCAGUUGCUCCGAGCACCGUCGCAAGACUCCGGACCUUCAGAGUCUCGUCCAGACGAAGCGGGAGGGGUGUCUGCCACGGCUUGGACAGACAGCACACCGGAAGACAGCGCAGGCGACAGAUGCCUUUCACAGGCCUCUUUGCCUGCACCAUCCGAAGUCCCGAGGCCAAGAAGCAACACCCAGGAUGCUGAGACGCUCAUGGAUGCAGAUAAUAGUGACGGAGAGCGACGGUAUCCCGUGCGGGAUCGGCGCAAGCCUCAAAGGCUAAUAGAAUGGAAAAAAAAAAAAAAAAAGCGACGGACUUUUCUAAACUAUUUACUGUUAAUGGCCGGAUGUUACCAACUGGGUAUGUUUGUUUAA